AUGUAUGCAAUAAACGCAGGUCCCUCUAUCUUCCUGCCCAACCUGCCACCUUUCCUACCUUUGGGUUCGAGGCCAUUCCCCACGGGCGCCAUCAUUCGCGUUCCUGGUAUGCCGCCCAUGGUAGCUGGGGAACCUAUUCCGCUGGCACCAGGCGAACCCCUGCCUCCCUAUAUGCCACCGCCGAUGAACCUGGCCACCGCGACUCAACAAGCGCUAGCUGAGCAACAGCAAUCUCCGGCGCCUCUCAUCAUACUGCCCACUUCGGGUGGCUCCGGUGGCUCUUCAGCGCCCACAAUUGUACCCAUACCGAUACCGAUGCCCAUGCCGAUGCCGAUACCGUCGCCGGCAUCCGCUGGCAGUUCAUCUCAGGGUCCGAUCGUCAUCGCUCCCCAGGGACCCUCGUACCCACCGCCUCCUCCUCCACUUCCCCCUCCGCCUCCGCCUCCCCCACAACAGCAGCAGACGGCGAGCAUCCCGGAAGUUAUGGCAAUCAUGGCGAUGAUGCGCCAGUUCAGCACUAUGGACGGCGCGUACGACGAUGACGACGACUCGAGUGAAGAGGACAGGGAGUCGGCCAAGGGGCGGAAGAAGGACAAGAAAAAGGAGAAGAAGGAAAAGCAGAAGAGGAAGAAAGAACGCGCCAAGGAGCGGGCUCGACGCGAGAAAGCUCGCAACCAGGCCGAGAUGCAGAGGCAGGAGCUGCUGAAGAAACAGGAAGAGACGGCUAAGCAGAAGCGUCCGCAGCAGCAAAGCUCCCGGCGCAAGACUAUAGCGGAAGCCGGCUUCAACCAAGAUUUCUCUUAGACCGAGACACUUGGAAGGACAAACAUCCGGCGCUCCUUUGAACUGUGGCUUGGCUAAUCUACCGUGCUA